AUGGAGUCGCCUAUCCUGACAACACCGAUACAUUCUUUGUCACCUGAGCUCGACUUUUGCGCGCGACUCCCGAUGGUGAAUUUCCUGAGAAGCAUGUCACCUCUACGUGAUAUUCCACUACGCCAAGACGCGAAGAUUGUUCGAGGAUGUGGUCGUCUCAAUGAGGUCCAAUCAAGCAGUCCCGGCUUUAAUCGGAAACCCUGGACGCACCUUGUUUACCUUACAAAAGAAACCCAACAAAAUAAGUCAAAAGCACUAUCGACAUCGAUGCUUUGUCCCGAUAACUCGCACAAUUUCAACGACGUGGAAAAUAUAGAAGAAAGUGAAGAUCGCCUGAUUGUUUCCUUGAUGAAAACGAAAGACGGCACGUGCUCAGCGAAAUCGUGGAGACGAUGGAGAUACCAGCAAGCGACCAAUCAACAUCCAAGGAGGCCACUUUUUAAUUUGGUAUUCUUUGGAACGAUGUCUCAUAGCAGUGAAGAUAGGGAACAACCUGGUGAACGGCGAGUGGCGCAAGGUGGGCAGCCAAACGAAGACGAUCUUGAGGGUAAGGUUCUCAACAUUCAAUACAAACGCUUCUACGUGGAUGCCAAGCAGAACAAGCGAGGACGUUUCAUCAAGAUAGCUGAGAUGGGAAACAAUCACAAAUCGCGCAUCAUUCUCACUAUGUCGGCAGCGGUUUCCCUUGGCCGAGAAGAU